AUGCAGAAUAUAAGAAUACUCGAUACCAAACUGAACAAAAUUCAUGACAAAAGUUGCUUAAAAUUAGUACGGAGUGAUAAAAAAUUGAGCAUUCGAGCUAUUUUUUGGCAUUUUAUAAACGAGUUAUGGCGCUUUAAAAAUAAAUUUUAUUCACGAUGUCGUCAGCCGCAUUUAAUAAUCGAGAAAAAAUAUUCAUUUGACUUUGGUGCAGGGCGGUACCGUACAGAGCCCUGUAACAGUUGUUUAGAUGGUUCAGUUGUUAACAGCAUUCCUGAAGUACAAGAGAAUGGGGAAGUCGCUGGAGGUAGACCUCAUUAUCAACCUUUUCUAUUAAGGGACGUCACAGUUUCUCACAUCCACAUGACUUCACACAGACUGUUUGUUAAGGUACAAAAUGCUUUUAAAAUGCGAAAAUUAUUCACCCACUUUAAAUUUGCUUAUCUUACUCUGAAUUUACCAAAUGAAGCAGGAUCUAUCUUGUACUCCUUUCUUUCAUCAAUUUCUUUAGGAAACAGUGAAUUAAAUGGCACCCCUCCAGCUGACCACAAAAUGAAAAUGAAGGUCAAGCGACACAUUGGACUGAUGCGACAUGACCCGGAGAAGAUAUUGCAUUGUACACUAACUACAAACUCACAAUCUCAUAGUUGUCAUCUAAUUUUGUGCCUCAGUUUUGACGCUCUUUAUAAUUUCUUCCCUUUUGUAUGUAAGCUAAUUGUUCUUUCUUCAUCAUCAAAUGUUCUUUCGUCUUUCAAGGUCAAAAAUUGUCUUUUAUCCAUUGCAAGGAUACUGAACAAUUUCCGCGUUUUCAAGACUUUUGAAUGUAGGCCCUCUUCCUUAUUGAAUUAUGCAAAAUUACAUUAUUUUCCAUUUAAUACCGGUGAUAAAUGUACUCACCAAAGACCCUCUUUACUAGAAAAAAAUCAUAAAUACAUUGUUUCUUACGCAUCAAAAUCUUGCUACCUGGUUAUACAGUCUUCAAAUUGCCUUUCUUUUGUGGAAGUUAGUAGAAGAAUGGAGUGGGACCUUCCCCAAUUGGUGCACCUAUCUUUGAGUGAUUUAUCACAGUCAUCAGGUGCUGAUACAUUUCUGGCUGUACUUCUGGCUGCCACACUUCCUCUUGAUACUGAUCAAGAGGUGGAACAAGAAGCCUCACCAUUUAUGGCUAGACAUACCCGACUCGCAACCUUCAGUUUUAAUGAGAUACAAAGUUUCUUGUUUUCAUGUGUUCCUUUUAAACACCACGAUUUAAAAGUACUUAGCAAAGUUUAUUCAAUCAAACACUCCUCAAUUCCAUCAUUUAAUAUCUUAAAACUUGAUUUGAGGCUACAACUGGUUCUACCGGGAAAUUCAUCCUUCUUUACCUAUCGUAAAUAUUCCUUUGUAUCUGAGGCAUUCAAGGGCUUCAAUGUGUUAGUUCCAGCCAUAUUCGUUCCUAUUUCUCUUUUAUUUCCCAAUGAACUAUUUUGCAUCCGAAUGUUCGAUACCAAGAAUAGAAGUCAUUUCUCAUCACAUGUUAGUCAGUCAACAAAUAAUCUAAAGACAGAGCGCUUUUUACCUCAUACGGACGAAAUGAAUAAUAAUAAUAAAUUAGUGAUCUCUGGAGCUCAUUUUUACCUCUUAAUGGUUUUGAGUAGAACCGGCAUGCUUAUUAGUCGUCACGACCUUCCCUUCCUCAGUUCAUCAAUCAGGAUAAGAUUUUGUUCUUUAACUAUUUCUGUCCGAUACUCUCCUUCUCUCAAAAGUUUAGGCUACAGAUGUAUUAAACCUUUAAAAAAGCUCAUGUUUUUUGAGCACUUUAAAACGUUUCCUGGAUUAUCCAAUUUCACUUACGGCACUUCACUUCUUAAUUGGUAUUUGGAGGAGCAGACGAUGGUAGUGAUUAGCGAAUUUGAAUUAUUUCAGGCAUCCACACCACCACAGCAGUUCGGUGAAGAACCGUUUCAAUUGGGAACUUUUGUCCAAUGUGGACGAGAUCUCCUUGGCACCAGUACCAAACUAUUGUCUCAAUCUUCCUGGGUUUUAUGA